AUGGGUCAAACUGCCUCAGCUCCCCAACCAGGGACACAACUCCAAGUCAUCGGAGCAGGCCUGCCUCGCACGGGGACUGCCUCCUUCAGCGCGGCCUUAACCAUCCUCCUCGACGGCCCUGUCUACCACGGCGGCACGCAACUCACGCGCGGCGGCCCCGGCGAGCUGAAGGCCUGGAUCCGCAUCCUCCGGUGCUGGCUGGCCGGCGGGGAGAAGUCGCCGCAGCGGCGGGAAUGCCAACGCCUCCUGGGGCAUCAACUCGAUGGCUACGCGGCCAUCACCGACGCCCCAGGCUGUCAGCUCCUGCCCGAGCUGUUGGCGCUCUACCCGGACGCCAAGGUCAUCUGCACGGUGCGCGACCCCGUGGCCUGGGAGAAGAGCAUCGCGCAGGUGCACAACUUCACCCGCCUGGGAUUUCUCAAGCUGCUCCUCCUUCCCUUGCCCGGCAUGCGGCACUUCGUGGACUUCACCUGGCUCCUGCGCCGGCAGUGGUGCCGACUCUAUGCGGACAACUGCAGCCUGACCUCCGCUCAGCAAGUGCGCGACAUACUGAUCCACCGCGGCGUCUACAAGCGGCAUAUCGCCUGGCUGGAGGCGAACGUCCCCGCCGACCGGGUGGUGUUUGUCGACGUGCGUGACGGGUGGGAACCGCUGUGUCGCGCGCUGGGCAAGGAGGUCCCCGCCGGCAUUCCCUUCCCGCGGAUCAACGAUGCGGAUGCGAUUGCGCGCACCGGGCGGGAGUACAUCCGACGCGCGAUGGUUCGGUGGGUCGCGAUCCUGGGUGUUGCUGGCACCGCGGUUCUUCUGCUCAAGCGAUGGAGGGGUUGA